CGCCUCACCAGUUCCUCUCGCGAUGCGAAGGACGCUGAAGCGAUCCCCUUCAUCCCUUCGACUCGCCCGCUUGUCCUCCUCCCUCCUCCGAAUCCAAACAAUUUCUACCCACCCGUCCUCCCAUGGCGGCGGCGGCGGCGGCGGAACGCCAAGCCCUUCUCCUCUUCCGGCCUCCGUUCGCCGCCUGUCCGCUGCCCCCUCCCCCCUUCCCCCUCCCGAGUGGAUCGACCCUUACCUUGACGUAUCCGACCUCGCCCGCCGCCGCCCCGACGACACCCCGCUUCCCCCCUCUCCCUGGCUCGCACGCGUCGUCUCCCUUGUCCUCGACCCGCCUCCCCCCUCACUCGAGCCCUCCCUCGACGCCUUCUGCCGCCGCUUCCUCCUCCGCCUCCCUCCCGCCUUCGUCUCUGCCGUCCUCCGCCACCCUGACCUCCGCCGCCACCCCGCCGCGUCCCUCCGCUUCUUCCGCUGGGCCGCCCGUCAGAAGAACUAUCCCGGCCACAAUCUCGACUCCUACAUCUCCCUCAUCGACGCCCUCUCCUCCUUGACCCCCGCCGAAUCCCACGAAAUACGGGAGCUGGUGGCCGAGAUCCGGGACCGGGCGGAGCUUCGCUUCACCCCGCCCGCCGCCGCCUCCCUUAUCCGCACCCUCGGGUCGCUCGGCAUGGUGGAGGAGCUGCUCUGGGUUUGGCGCCGUAUGAAGGAGGGCGGUGUCGAGCCAUCCCUGGUGAGCUACAACUGUUUGAUGGAUGGCCUCGUGAACGCCGCCUUCGUGGAUUCCGCCGAGAAAGUGUUCGAGGCCAUGGAGACCCAAGGAGACGUCCGUCCCGAUGCUGUCUCCUAUAACACUCUGAUCAAAGGGUACGGCAAGGUGGGAAAGACACAAAAGGCGGUCCAGAAGUUCGAAGAAAUGCAACAAAGGAAAGAUCUUGCGCCGGAUAAGAUCACGUAUCUCACUCUGAUCCAGUGCCACUAUUCCGAGGGUCGGUUCUAUGAAUGCUUGGCCCUCUAUCACGAGAUGGAAGAGAGGGGAUUGGAGAUCCCUCCUCAUGCUUACAGCUUGGUGAUCGGUGGACUUUGCAAGGACGGGAAGUCCUUUGAGGGAUUGGCCGUAUUGGAAAGCAUGGUUCGAAGAGGCUGCAGGGGCAAUGUGGCUAUCUAUACUGCACUCAUCGAUUCAUUUGCCAAGAAUGGUAAUGAGGGCCAGGCAAUGGUGAUCUUUGAUAGGAUGAAAAAUGAUGGAUUUACACCAGAUGAAGUCACUUAUGGAGUGGUUGUCAAUUGCCUGUGCAAGGCUGGGAAGCUGGAGAAGGCAAUGGAGUGGUUUAACUUUUGUAAAGAGAGUGCUGUGCCAGUGAAUGCCAUAUUCUAUUCUAGUCUUAUUGAUGGGUUUGGGAAAGCUGGGAUGGUUGAUGAAGCCAAGAAGCUCUUCAGUGAGAUGGUGGAGAAGGGGCUUGUUCGUGACUCAUACUGCUACAAUGCCCUUAUAGAUGCAUUUGGUAAAUCAGGGAGGAUUGAUGAAGCUUGUGCAUUAUUUAACAAAAUGGAGAAAGAGGGCUGUGAUCAAACAGUUUACACUUACACCAUAGUCAUUGAUGCAUUGUUCAGAAAGCAUAAAAAUGAGGAGGCGAUAAAGCUGUGGAACACAAUGAUUGAUAAGGGUAUCACUCCAACUGAUGCAGCUUUUAGGGCCUUUUCGACAGGACUUUGUCUCUCAGGGAAGUUUGCAUUGGCUUGCAAAGUACUGGAUGAAUUAGCCCCAGUGGGAGUAAUUCCGGAGACGGCACAUGAAGAUAUGAUUAAUGUGUUGUGUAAGGCUGGCCGGUUCAGGCAUGCUUGCAAGCUGGCUGAUGGAAUUGUGGAUAGAGGCCGUGAGAUUCCAGGGAGAGUUCGAACAAUUAUGAUCAACGCUCUGAGGAAGGCAGGGAAUGCUGAUUUGGCUCUCAAGCUGGUGCACAGUAAGAUUGGCAUAGGCUAUGACAGAUUUGGUAGCAUCAAAAGGCGAGUAAAGUUCCAAACUCUGUUGGAUCCAUAGGGUUGAGUAUUCCUGAUAGGCACUAGCUGCUUGCAAGAUUGAGUCCGUUAAUUAAGUUAUUCUGUUGGUUCUCUUUCCAAUUUGAAGCACUUGCUUGAUGGUAUAUGUCUGUAUGGUUGCAAGUAUGCAGUCACUGGUUCUGUGGUUCAUUCUCUGCUGCAGAUGUUCUUGAACUAAUUUACCAUGGGCCUCGAUGAGAUGUUAUUGGAGUGUCACAUCAUCUUUCUGGUCUGGCAUUAUGACUAGAUUAAUGAUCACUUUCCUUUUUUACUAUCUGUACUCAGGAGGCUCUGCCAUUCCAAGAAGUGGGAAUUGCAUGAAAAAAACAAAAGAAAACCCGAAAGCCUGUAAGAGGGAGUCCACAGGACAUGAAUUAAGUCCUAGCAAGUGCAUUGUUUCCACCUCCAAAGCAACCCUGCUCUGUACUUGAAAACUAGCCAGUCCAUGGGUAGCCCCAAAAACUGGAAAAACAUGAAAUAGAAGAAGGUAUUGACAGAUCAAUUCCAGUGCAAGAAUGAGAAGCUACAGAAGAUCUCAAGGGGAUUGAGCCCCAGUGAGCAAUGAGGGAUCAUAAAGUUGAUGGAGAUGUUAGCAGGCAUGUAGCAACAUUUUGUUAAGGCAGGAUCUUGAAGGAGAAGUUCUGAACUUGCUGAAGAUACUGUUAUGGUCUCAAAACCAACAUGACAAGUAGGCUGCUGAUCCGUGCAUCACAACUUAUCUAUUGCAAUGCUUGAAUACCUAGCCAUUCGAACCUACAGAAGUUUUCUAUGUUGGCAAGCAGAAAACCUCCCAUUACACCUGAGACAGAGGACAAGAGAAGCCCUUCACCAUCUUGCAGCCUUUGGAUGUCUAUGAACCACCAUUUCUGAAUCUUGAUGUUAUCCCAGGGUUGUGAAAGGUUACUGCUGACUGGAGUUGCUACUUUCUUCGAGUUGGAUGCAUUUUUCUGCUUCUCUACUUAUCUACCAGUUCAAGAGAGUCCAAAGAAGCUUGCAGGUUUGGAGGCUUGACGGUCGAAAACACUAGCAACAUCUCAUUUUCUCCGCUAGCUUCCUAGUUAGUUCUUUGACGUGACCAUGUUAGUCACAGCCAGAAGAUACAACUCUACAGAUUAUCACCUGCUCCUGCAGUUCACUUGACUUUCAGUUGCCUUAGAAAUUGAGUGAUGCAGGAGUCAAAAAUAAAAUAACAUCAAUCUUUAGCAAGUUCAUCAUGGUGCUUACCGGAGUGGCUGAGAAACACAGGUUCCAUGGUUCAAGUCCAUCUUCUAAUGGUGGAGGAUUCGAGAGACUGGUACAUCGCUCUCUCAGAUACUUGGGACCUUUGCAACAGCUUUGGGUAGCUCACAGGAAUGUAAGUUCGCCCGCAAUUCGUGAGCCUUUGAGCAGCUUUAACUAGUCUGAGGUCCAGAGACAAUAAACUUGCCAUUUUCUGGCAUAUGUUCUUAGGUUGUGACAACUGAAAAUAAAAUACUGCAUUUCAAGAGGUGUGCAUUGUCAUUUCACAAGAUAUUGGGGAUCUUUUUCGGUUCUUUCUAGUUUAGUCUUUGUGAAGGCUGCAUUUCAAUAGUGUUUUUGUGCUUUUAAGAAGCUUUGCUGCUGCCAUAGCAUACGGGAAAGGAGAAAACCUCUCAGAGAACCAUGAACUGGGUGAUGAUAGUGGGAUUCUUUUGUAUGAUGGAUCAAAUCAUCAUGGCUGUCCUGUCCUCCAUCCAUGGGCCACUUUUCAUCAAUCAGUAGCUGGAGAAAGAGGAAAUUAUAGUCUUUGUAUACAGAUUCUGCAUGCCUUCCUCUCCUGUAGUGGGAGAGACUGGGAUCACCUGGCCAUGCGCUAUGCUGUCUCAAACUGCUCCACUUGUUUGAACUUGCUCGGAUUAUGUGGGCUAGAUGCCCUAGGCUCAGCCUUGUUAUCUGAGACUGAUGGCCUCUGGCUCCUCCACCUGUGUCACAUGGUUUUCAUAAAAGCCGUUUGCAUGAUGAUCUGAUGAUUGUACUGAUGAGAUCAUGAUGAUAAUUCAGGUGAUCUAUCCUGUCAGGUUGUUCGAUCGAUGAUUGUUUGACCUUUCUAGCCCAUGAACAGGACAGAUGGUGAUGGGUCUUUACUCACUUUGACCUGAAGCUUUUGUGCUCAAUUACUAGAUGGAAUGAUAUCCAAGGUUUCAAUAUAGAUGUACUCCCACAUACUGGGCUCUUCCAAAAUUAUUAUUGGCUACUAUAACAGUAACGACUGCUGUUAUUUAUACGGUCAACAAUUGACCAACUCGCUUUAGAAUAUGAUUAUGGGCCAUGUUAUUGAACUAAGUAACUAUUAUAAUGAGAAAUAAGUUAUGGUAAUAAAGGCAUGAUUUGCUGAA